AGCUGGGUGGAUAGGGACUCUCAGCCCAGACCAGGUUAUAUGCACUGCAAGAGUGGCGCAAACGCGGCAGGCGCCCCCUGGAGGUCCUGCGCAUCCCUUCUCGCAGCGGCGCGCGCACAUCUCGCGCGCACAUCUCGGGCUGAGCUUAUCUGUUGCAGCAGGGAUGGCGUUGUCUCCGGCCGAACAAGAAAUGGUGCGUGCUCUCUGGAAGAAGAUGGGCACCAAUGUCUGUAUCUAUGUGACCGAAGCUCUGGAGAGGACCUUUCUGGCCUUUCCCUCCACCAAGACCUACUUCCCGCACUGGGACUUGAGCACUGGCUCCGCCCAGAUCAAAACCCAUGGCCAGAAGGUGGCAGAUGCGCUGACCCUUGCUGUGAAUCAACUGUACGAUUUGACAGGUGCGCUGUCUGCUUUGAGUGACCUUCACGCCCACAAGUUUUGUGUAAACCCUAUCAACUUCCAGGUUUGCAGGGACUGCUGUAGAAAGGAAGGACCACACUGGAUGGGAAGGUGCAAAUGUGGAUAGCCUGCAGCAAAGAGGCUUGAUGUAAGUGGCCGAUCUGGGGAUAAGAAAUGGAAGGAGGGGCUGGGUAUUUAGCUCAGCGGCAUAAGAGCCUGCCUUGCAAGCAGGCAGUCGUGAGUUCGAUCCCUGGUACCGAUAAAAAUGAGAAAAGACAAAGAAAAAAAAGGAAUGGAAGGAAAGGGGCUGGGGAAUUAGCUCAGCGGCAUAAGCGCCUGCCUUGCAAGUGCUCGUGAGUUUGAUCCCUGGUACUGAUAAAAAGUAAAAAGACAAAUAAAUAAAUAAAUAUGGGCUGGGGAAUUAGCUCAGCGGCAUAAGCGCCUGCCUUGCAAGCAGGCAGUCACGAGUUCGAUGCCUGGUACCGAUAAAAAAAAAAAAAGAAAAGGAAAGAAAAAAGAAUGGAAGGAAAAGCCACUGAAGGACAAAGUCAAGACAGCACUGGGGUCAAAUGUGGUGCUGUACACCUGUCAUCUCAGCACUCAGGGGCCUGAGGCAGAAGGACUGCUGAGUUUGGGGCCAGCCUACCCCAGGUCAGCCUGCACUAUAUAGUGAGACCCUGUAUCAAAAAAAGAAAAUUUUAAAUUAAAAAAAAUUGAACUGGGGGAUAAGAGAUCAAUUUGAACAGAAAUACUUGAGAAGGGCACCAAAAAACUAUCCUUGCAGUGAGGAGAGAGAAGCACCUACCCCAACUCCUCUCCCACAGUAGACAAUGACCCAGAAGGUUGCACUAACUCAAGGCUACCACACAAGGCUGGGGACACUUGACACUACAACCUAAGGGGGCCCAGCUCUGUCUUUAACUGUCAUCUGUCAGAUGACAGAUGAGCAGGCAUAUAGAUUCCUCAGUUCACUGUCCAGAAUCUUUGCUGGUAUACCGUGUUCCCUGUCGAAACAAAGCAAAACAAGGCCAGGGAUUUAGCUCACUGGCAUAAGCACCUGCCUUUCAAGCGUGUAGUCGAGUUUGAUCCACAGUAUCACAAAACAAACAAACAAACAAAAAAAUAACUGUCCACUAAAAAGUUUACAUCUAGAUAGAAAAGGAUCGAAACCAUUCAUAGUGGUAAUGGCUCUGAAGGUAGAACUAUCUGGCUAAGCCCGAGGAAAAUCCAGGUUACAAGGCAAAUACUGCCGGCUUAGGUGGCCAUGGUCACUAAAAGAAUGUCUGUUCAGGAACAGGGAACCCAGGAUCAGCUACUUCCUCCACGAAGAACAGGAGCAUACUUUUGGGCCCUGGUGCCCAUGAGGAAAUCUGCACAUAUGUACAGCAGAGCAGCAACCUAAGAGAAUCCCACUCAGAUGUCCCUUCCCAACCACCUUUUCUGUUGAGACAGCUGGUUAGGGAAAACCUGUGCCAGGGGCAAGCAGAGCAGCCCAUCUACUUACAUGUCCUUUUGCAAGGAACUUAAAGCAAAAUCAGUACCCAGCUUCAGGAGGGUGGUGUUUAUAAGCCCCUUCAGGAGGGUGAUGUUUAUAAGUAUCCAGUGAGCUACCAGGUUAAGAAUGACACCUGUGCCUCUGCACACAAGCAGGGAAGGGCAACUCUGUGUUUUACCAAUAUGACCAACAGAAGUUCCCUCCAAAAUCAAAUCCUAAAAAUAUCUAUAUCCUAGGAAAGUGUAAGGGGGCCAGGCAUGAUGGCAUAUACCAAUAUACCUGCACUCUAGAGGAUGAGGCAGGAGGAUCACCUCAAGUUUGAGACCAGCCUGAACUACAUAGUAAGACCCUGUUUGACAAAACACACUUGAACACACAAAAAGAAUGAACUAGGUGGGGUUGGGGAUUUAGCUCAGUGGCUUAAGUGCCCACCUUGCAAGUGGGCGAUCAUGAGUUCAAUCCCUGGUACCGAUAAAAAAAUUAAAAAAAAAAAAAAAAAAACAA